GCGACUCGUGACUUGUCUUCCCGCCAAUCGUUUGCGGGGCGGUCCGCAAGGACCGAUUAGCUCUCCGGUCAUUUGUGCUCGAGAAGAACGCAGAUCACGUCCCUUGUGAUGGCCGGAUGCACCCUGCUGGCCUCUCGCCGUGGUUGACCUGUUGUUGAGAGAGCCGGAGAUGGGGAGGGCUCCUUGCUGCGCGAAGGUCGGGUUGCACCGGGGUCCUUGGACUCCUAGAGAAGACUCAUUGCUUGUUAACUAUAUUCAAGCACACGGUGAAGGCCAUUGGAGAUCACUCCCUAAAAAAGCUGGGCUCCUGAGGUGCGGAAAGAGCUGCCGGCUCAGAUGGAUGAAUUAUCUGAGACCCGACAUCAAGAGGGGCAACAUAACUCCGGACGAGGACGAUCUGAUCAUCAGAUUGCAUUCCCUUCUCGGCAACCGCUGGUCACUCAUUGCCGGUAGGCUCCCCGGUCGGACCGAUAACGAGAUCAAGAACUACUGGAACACCCACCUCAGCAAAAGGCUCCUGAGAAGCCAAGACACCCACCUGACACACCGUUCGCCCGGAAGCAAUAAGAGGAGGAAAGCCACCGCCAAAUCCGCUAAAGAGAGCGCCAAGAAAUUGAAACACGGCAACAAGAAGAGCCCUGGUAAAGCAUCUGUGGAGGCCAUGGAGAGGCCGAAAGUUCAUCUUCCCAAGGCCAUUAGGGUUACUACGUCCUUCUCGUUACCUAGGAACGACAGUUUCGAUUGCAACACUGCGGUUAGCGGGUCCUCCAGCCAAGGAGGGUUGCUCGACAGAGAAGCGGCUCACGUUCCUUGGUCGGAUGAACCUGCUGGGGUGUUCGGCUUCUUCGUUGGCGAUCCGCAAGAUUGCGGUCAGCACCAAUUCUCCAAUGGUCGAAACUACGACAACACCGCCAACGGUCAUCGUACCGACUGUCCAUCCGAAGAUGAACCAGCAAAAGAUCAAAACGGGACGCUGGACAAGCUCUACGAGGAAUAUCUACAGCUGCUGAGGGCAGAAGACGACCAUGUCCAGCUGGACUCUUUUGCCGAGUCUUUACUGAUGUGAGAGAGAGAGAGAGAGAGAGAGGUUUCAAGCCAUGCAGACCACGCACGUCACAAUCAAACGGGUGCUGAGGUUAAAAUUAUAAGAGAGCGAUCGAGGUUUUGAAUCGUAGAUUCCACAAAACACGUGCUUACCUUCUAGCCAAACUUGGGAACCUCGGAUGCCAUUGUAGGUUCUCAAAUUAUGAGAACGGGCAACAACCUCUUGUAGAGUUUCCAUCCCCUCUUGUACUUUCUAGGGUUUGUUAAAUGUAUAUGAUGAUUAUCAUUAAGAACUCUUACCCUUUUCUCCAAA